CGCUCGCUCGCUCGCGAAAACCCGAAGUUGCGCACCGAAGUGCACGUGCUCGUUCGGUCAGUCUAGGCCGCCGUGUCUGAUCUACCUGCUCGAUCGUCGGACCAACGGCGAGUUACUCUUGAAGUGUCUCUCUAGCGAGCAAGUUGCUUUUCACCAGAAGAGGAGGCAGAAGCGGCCCUGCAGCCCCGUGCGCACCAGACUUGGCCAAGCAGAAGCGAAACCUGAUAUUUUGUUAGCUUCUUAUUUAUAGCACCACCACCCCCUCUGCCCUGUCCUGUCCGCCCUGUAACUUAACUUAACUUAAGUAGUAGUAGUCAACAACAACAACAACAAAAGUCAUGAAGAACCUGCUGCUAGUGACGGCCGUGAUAUGCAGUGCCCUGGUGGCAGUGCGGGCCAACCCCGUGCCGGAAGCGCGACCAGACCCGGAACCAAAGACCGACAUCGAGCUGAUGAAGAUUCCCCUGGAGGGAGAUAAGGAACUGGACGUCAUCACGCUGGUCGACUCCGGUGACCAGAAAAUCAACGAGCGAAACAAGCGGACAAUCGGUAUUCUGCGGGAGCUGUUCCCAACCAUCUCGCAGAUUCUGGAUCAGAAAAUCCAGAUGAUCACCUCCUAUUUGUUCCGCACGAUUGGGCCGAUCCUGCUGCGCAGCGGUCUGGGUGGAGGCGCUGGCGGGGACAACGCCGGCAGCCGCGGAUCCACCGACGACGAUUUCGAUGAUGAUUUUGACGAUGAUGAUGACGACAAGAACAUCUCCAGCGACAAUGGACGCAAAGUGAGCAUCUCGUUGCCCACGUUCCCCCCGAGCACCGACGACGCGGACAGCGAUGCCGACGACGACAAGGCGACUGGCAGCACUGCCGCAAGCGCGACCUCGGACGAGAACGAAAUCCGGAAACGGAGCGCGGCGCUGCGCAGUGCCACCACCGACUCGACGGCCGAGCCAUCGCUGUCCACGUUGAGUCCCACGACGACCGAACCGGUUGCACCUAGCACCACUGUCGGCGGUAGCAGCGCUGAACAAGCGGCACCUACAACCACCAGAACUAACGCACAAGAAAGCACCGAGACCAACUUGGUAUGAGGCUUGGCCGAAGGCACUAACGGUCCCCAGUAGCGUUGAAACCAGUAACCAAAACCACCAGUAUCAAGAGAAAUCGGGAAGCCCUUUUAGAGAAGACUGUCUGGCGUAGGACGCCAAACAACAGUAGUUCAGAAAACCUUCAACGCCAUCGUAGUGUACAACACCAGUGUAGUAGCCGAGCAAAUACACCGCACAUCAACGAUUCGAACAUGAUUUGUUAAUUCCGUAUAUACAAAAGUAGCGCUCUCUUCCGCACUAUGCUGCGCCAUCUGGCUCCCUCUAGCUGUCGCUCAUCCGCUCAUUGGCGCCUCACCCUGUGUCUCUCAUAACCAACCAACAACCCAUCUGUAGCUUAACCCUUGUAAUCCGUCGAACCUAACGUGACCGUUGCAGUCAUUAGAACCGUAGAAUCUAACCGCCCAUUGCUUUCAUCUCUCACCAUUCUCCAUGCUCGCUAGCGCUCCAUCUGGUGGCCACUAGCGAAACCACCACCACCUUUCACUCUCUCCGUCCGAUACCGUACGUUCAAGAUGACGCUGUAUGGAAUCGUUCGCCCUCUCUCUGUCUGUCUGUCUGACUGUCUCUCUCUCAGUACUUCUCUCUCAUCUCUUACUUCUCUCAGAACGCAGUCGCGAGUUGUCUGCGCGAUUCUUCCGUGUGUUUGUGUGAUCGCUCUCUCUCGCUCUCUCCCUACUUCUCUCUGUGUUUCUGACGGAUCUUCUGUGGAGCAAACCCUAACCCAUACGUUUCCACCUCUCCUAAAUGUUGUAAUUUUCUCAUUCUAUUCAGUACUAUUGGAUAAAACCCGAACCAAACAAUCGUAGCAUGAUACAAAAAUCAAAAUUAUAUGCAUUCUAAAUUUCAUCUGAUGCCCAUUUCAUCUCUUCCAUCGCUGCCAAAAACCCAAAACCAAACUCUGAACCUUCCCAAAAA